UUCUGUCUCCAGCGGAUGCUCAACAGGCAUCUCAAAUGCCACAACCAGGUGAAAAGGCACCUGUGCACCUUCUGUGGCAAAGGCUUCAAUGAUACUUUCGACCUGAAAAGGCAUGUCCGGACUCACACAGGUAUUCGUCCCUACAAGUGUGAGAUCUGCAACAAAGCCUUCACCCAGCGCUGCUCUUUGGAAUCUCAUCUGAAGAAGAUCCAUGGGGUCCAGCAGCAGUAUGCCUACAAACAACGUCGGGACAAGCUGUACGUCUGUGAGGACUGUGGCUACACAGGUCCUACACAAGAGGACUUGUACCUGCAUGUAAACAAUGCCCACCCAGGAAGUGCUUUCCUCAAAAAGACGUCAAAAAAACUGGCCGCCAUUUUACAGACGAAGCUAACUUCUGUUCUCCAGAGGAAUGCUAAACUAAAUGAGGAGGACAAAUGA